GGGAGAGGCGUGGGAAUGGGUGGCUCUUUGUCCGGCUCCAGGCAGGACUGCGCAAGCCCAGAGCCCAGCCUGGGGUCUUCUGUGCCCAGGAAACCUGAGACCCAAGAUGAGAUCCACCCCGAGAGGAGGGUACGGACGAGUCUCGGAGAACUCGCGAGACACAAAGUAAAAAAUCGUGAACUGUGCGAUUACGCGGAGCUGAGGGCGAGACCACGGCUGCGCUCAAGACGUGCUCUGGAAAGAAGCUGCGAACCCCCGACUGCCCCGCGCUUGGUCUGGUGGCGAGAGGACCCGCUUGGCUCGGGAGCAGGUCGACUCUGGCUACUUGGAUUCUUGCUGCUCUUCUGCCCCCAAGCAGGGCGUGUCUUCAGUUUUGCUUGUGAAGCUUGCAAAAAGGUGAUAUUUCAUAUACCUUCCAAACUAGAGGCAGACAAAGUGGUUGGCAGAGUUAAUUUGAAAGAGUGCCUCGGAUCUGCAGACCGCAUCCAAUCCAGUGAUCCUGAUUUCAGAGUUCUAGAAGAUGGGUCAGUAUACACAGCCCAUGCUGUUGUGUUGUCUGAUGAGAAAAGAUCUUUCACCAUAUGGCUUUCUGACUUAAAGAAACAGACACAGAAAGAGAUUCCUGUGCUCCUGGAACAUCAGAAGAAGGUACUGAGGAAAAGACACACUAAAGAGACUGUUCUCAGGCGUUCCAAGAGGAGAUGGGCACCUCUCCCCUGCUCAAUGCAAGAGAAUUCCUUGGGCCCUUUCCCUUUGUUCCUUCAACAAGUUCAAUCUGACGCGGCACAGAACUAUACCGUCUUCUACUCAAUAAGUGGGCGUGGAGUUGACCAAGAACCUUUAAAUCUGUUUUUCAUAGAUAAAAACACUGGAAAUCUGUAUUGUACCCGGCCUGUGGAUCGUGAAGAAUAUGAUGUUUUUGAUCUGAUUGCCCAUGCGUCAACUGCAGAUGGGUAUUCAGCAGACUUACCUCUUCCACUUCCCAUCAGAGUGGAGGAUGAAAAUGACAACCGCCCUAUUUUCACAGAAGCAAUUUAUAAUUUUGAAGUUCUAGAAAGCUGUAGAAUUGGUACUACAGUGGGAGUGGUUUAUGCCACGGACAGAGAUGAACCAGACACGAUGCAUACGCGCCUGAAGUAUAGCAUUUUGGAACAGACGCCAAGAUCACCUGGGAUCUUUUCUGUGCAUCCCGGCACAGGUGUAAUCACCAUACUCUCUCAUUAUUUGGACAGAGAGGUUGUAGACAAGUACUCAUUGAUAAUGAAAGUACAAGACAUGGAUGGUCAAUUUUUUGGAUUGAUGAGUACAGCAACUUGCAUCAUAACAGUAAAAGAUUCAAAUGACAAUUUACCCACUUUCACACAAGCUGCUUAUGAAACAUCAGUAGAGGAAAAUACGUUCAAUGUGGAAAUCUUACGAACACCUGUACAAGAUAAGGAUUUAAUUAACACUUCCAGUUGGAGAGCCAAUUUUACUAUUUUAAAGGGCAAUGAAAAUGGACAUUUCAAUAUCAUUACAGACAAAGAAACUAAUGAAGGUGUUCUCUAUGUUGUAAAGCCACUGAAUUACGAAGAAAACCGUCAAGUGGUCCUGGAAAUUGGAGUAGGCAAUGACGCUCCAAUUGCUGGAGAUGUGACACUCAGAAUGAACAGAGCCAAGGUCACAGUUCAUGUGAAGGAUCAGGACGAAGGGCCUGAAUGCAGACCUGCGGUCCAAUAUAUACAGAUUAAAGAAAACACCCCAGUGGGUUCAAAGAUCAAUGGAUAUAAGGCAUUUGACCCUGAAAAUAGAAGUAGCAGUGGUUUAAGGUACAAAUUAUUGCAUGACCCAAAAGGGUGGAUCACCAUUAAUGAAAUUUCGGGCUCACUCGAAACUGCCAAAACCUUAGACAGGGAGGCUGCAACUCACAGAAGUGCCUUGUAUAAUGUUACAGUCCUGGCAAUAGAUCAAGAUAAUAGAUCAUGUACUGGAACCCUUGCAGUUAGCAUUGAAGAUGAGAAUGAUAAUUCACCAGAAAUACUUCAAAAUUAUAUAGUAAUUUGCAAAUCAGAGAUGGAGUAUGUUGACGUUUCAGCUGUUGAUCCUGAUGAGCCCAUCCACGGCCCUCCAUUUUACUUCAGCUUGGCAAAAACUUCUCCAGAAAUCAACCGACUAUGGACCCUCACCAGAGUUAAUGAUACAGCUGCCCGUCUUUCAUAUUGGAAAAAUGCCAAAUUUCAAGAAUAUCAUAUUCCUAUUACUGUAAGAGAUACAGAAGGUCAACAUGCAACAAAAACCUUGAGAGUGAACCUCUGUGAUUGUAUUCAUCCAAGUCAAUGUCGCACUGUUGAACCGAGAGCACGAGUGAUACUUGGCAAAUGGGCGAUCCUUGUGAUACUUCUGGGUAUAGCAUUGCUUUUCUCUAUAUUGAUAACUGUAGUAUGGAGACUUGUUAGUGCCAGAAAUAAAAAAUGUCUUCCUGAAGAUUUGGCACAGCAAAACUUAAUCAUCUCAAACACAGAAGCACCUGGAGAUGAUAUACUGUGUUCUGCCAGUGGGCUUACGACCCAUACGGUCAACAACUCUAGCCAAGGCUUUUGUGGUACUAUGGGAUCAGAAGUCAAGAAUGGCAGGCAGGAAACCAUUGAAAUGAUAAAAGGAGGAAGCCAGACCUUGGAAUCGUUCCAGGGGGCCGGGCAUCAUCAUACCCUGGAUUCCUGCAGAGGAGGCACCGUGGAGACGGACCACUCGGAGUGGUACGAUUUCACUCAGCCCCACCUUGUUGAAAAAUUGCAUCUAUGUAAUCAGGAUGAAGACCACAUGCCAUCUCAAGACUAUGUUCUUACAUAUAACUAUGAAGGAAGAGGGUCUCCAGCUGGUUCUGUAGGUUGCUGCAGUGAAAAACAGGAAGAAGAUGGCCUUGACUUUUUAAAUAAAUUGGAAACCAAAUUUACUGCCUUAGCAGAAACAUGCACAAAGAAAUAAUGUGACAGUGCUACAAUUAGACAUAUCUUUAUCAGACAUUCUGGAGGUUUCUGAAAGGGAUAUUGUAAAAUUUAAUUUAUAUCUAGAUAUAUAUGAAUAUGAAUAUAUAUGAAUUUUUCUGAAAUUUUUGAAUUAUGCUACGUACCAAUUUGUACUUUAAAACAGUUUGUUACUUAUUUUUUCAGGAAGUUUAAAAUGUUAAAACAGAUUUUGCCUCUUUUACUGCUGAGUAAAUAGACAACCAGCAAAUCUCAUGCUAUAGCACUGGAAUUAGGUCUAUAAAGGACCUCCUCUUCUUUUCAUAUAUUUUUCCAAUAAAUACAUUGGCUAAAUAUUAGUCCAACAAUAGAAGCUGUAUUUGACUGACUAUAGCAGAACAGCUCUCUGGGCUAAAAAUUCCAUUCUUAUUCCAGAUUUAGAUUAAAAGUAGAAUAUUAAUCAUUAUGGUAAAUUAUGUUGGAUUUUUUUAGCUGUAAAAAAUCAAUAGCACCUGGUCAUUUGCUCUGAAGGCUACUAGAAUUUUGUUUUUCUUCUGAGUAGCAAUUAGAUCAUGAAGAGCAGUUCUAGAUACUAGAUUGCCCUAAUAAGGUGUCAAAAACACAGAGCCACAAUGUGAAAACUAGACCAGGAAAGUGUAGACCAAAAAAAAGAAAAUGUGUUGUUUUUAUACUUUUGAAAGUGUGUUUUAUGGUUUACAAAAGUAUUGUUAUGAGGAAUAUAUCUAAGUUUCCUUAAUCUCGAGAGAGAAAACUAUAUUCACCGUACAGAGUUAUUGUCAGUAUUUUAAUGUAAAGAUCUUCUGUUGAGAUUGUAAUCACAAGUCUUUUUCCUGAGAUUCAGAACUACCUUUGAUAACUUGCCAGUAAUGAGAAUUAUGCUGAGAAAAAGAUGCUUUUCUUCUCUUGAGAGCUAUACUUUCAUAUUUUCAUUUGCAAGUUUAGCACAUAUGGCUCUUUAUUUUCUCUCGACAGUAGUCAUUUGCAAUUAGAAUAUCUUAUCCUUAGAUGGACUGUAGUUACGCCAUUGAAUCAGUCUGAAGAAACAGACUCCCAUCGUAGUUAUGGUAGCAAUGAGCAUUAACAUUCAUUUCUAUUCACUACCAUUUUCAAAUAAAAUACAUUAUUCCUUAUUAAAGCAGGUAAAUAUUACACAAUGCUGUAAUGAAUCAAAUGAAUAUAGGGAAACUUAAACCUUAGGUGCAAUUUAAUAUCUUCCAAGGUGUUGCUUAAAUUUUGUGCUUCUCAAAUUUGUUCACAUGCUACAGCCUCUGGAAGGCCUUGCAAAAUUUCCCAGAGCAAUGACGUUUUUUUUUUUUUUUCGGUACGCGGGCCUCUCACUGCUGUGGCCUCUCCCGUUGCGGAGCACAGGCUCCGGACGCGCAGGCUCAGCGGCCAUGGCUCACGAGCCCAGCCGCUCCGCGGCAUGUGGGAUCUUCCCGGACCGGGGCAUGAACCCGCGUCCCCUGCAUCGGCAGGUGGACUCUCAACCACUGCGCCACCAGGGAAGACCGCAAUGACGUUUAAACUUAAAAUAAUUAACAUCUAAUCUUAUGAUAAACCUAAUAGCACAUUAUUAUAUACUCACUUCAAAUGAUAGUUUAAAAAAUAGACAACAAAUAAUAGGUACCACUAGUUGAAGAAAAGUUUGAAAGAAAAAUAAUUAAGACUAAAUUAAUUUUAAAAUUUUGCAGCUAUGAAGAAUUGGGACCUGCUCCCCAUACCCGACCCCUGCAAAAAAAAAAUUCUUUAUUUUACUUUGGAGGCAGAAUUUGUUGAGCUAGCCCAUGAAGUGGCAAUGUUCGAUAGGAAUACAGUUUGAACUGGAUAUAUGUAUAUAUAUACACAUACAUAUUAAUGUUUAUUGAUUAAUGGUUAAAUAUAUAACCAUUAAUCAUUAAUGGUUGGAUAUAUAACCACUAAUCAUUAAUGGUUAAAUCAUUAAUCAAUGCAACCUUUAAAACAAAGUGGAAAACAAAGUGAAAAACAACAUUUAAAACAAAGUGAAAAACAUUUAAUUUUAAAUGAGGCGGCGGUGUGGUGUGUUCUAUAAUAGAAAUCCGGGAUUUAAAAAAUAGAGAACUUAUGUUUGGUUCUUAGGUGCUGCAUGAUAACUAAGUAUAUCAGGAAAUAGUUCAUGUACAUUUAUGUAAGUUGUUUAAAAUUGUAUACAGUUAAUUAAACUUUUCUGGUUUCAGUGGAAAGGAAAGAAGGUAUCAGGUGGAACAGUAGAUUUGCUGUGCCGUCUCCUUCUGCAUCUAAAGACUGGGAGCAAACUGGUGACUGGCUAUCACAGCUAGGGCUCCUUGACUUCCAGUGACAGGUUUCCAGAGAUGAAAUGUUUUUCUUGGGGCUAACACUAAAAACUGCUUUUAACCUAAUUCUGGUAAAAAUAAAUCUUCUACAACCAUUUU